AUUGUAGGGCACUGGUGGGGGGGUCUAAUAAAAGAGAAAGAGGGAGGGCAUCUGCUAAGCCUGUUUGUCUGAACCCGUAAGGGACACUCAACCAGGAAAGCAGGAUGCCAGAGCCAACUAAAAAAGCAGGCAAAGCACCCGCAAAGGCAGCAGCUAAAGCUCCAGCAAAGGAGACCCCACCAGAUGCAGUGCCCCCUGCUGAUGCUCCUACAGCAGCCCCAGCAGAGGCUCCAUCUGGUGCCCCAGCAGAGGCUCCAGCAGCACCAGCCCAGACUUCUGAGACCAAUGGUCAUGCCCCAGACAGUGGAGCUCAUGAUGGCCUUCCUGAAAGCCAUCAACCUGACACCAGGCAGGACCUGACUGGCCUCUUCACCGAGAAGCCUCAGAGUGGGGAGGUGACUGUGGGUGGAAAUAUCAGCUUUGUAGCAAAGGUGUGUGGUGAGUCUCUGCUGAAGAAGCCCACGAUUCGAUGGUUCAAAGGGAAGUGGAUGGACCUGGCCAGCAAGUCAGGGAAACACCUACAGCUCAAAGAGCAUUAUGACCGCAACACAAAGAUAUAUACCUUUGAGAUGCACAUCAUUGCAGCCAAAGCUAACUUUGCUGGAGGUUACCGGUGUGAGGUUUCUUCCAGAGACAAGUUUGACAGCUGUAAUUUUGAGCUGACUGUGCAUGAGGCACAAACAGUAGAGGGGUUGGAUAUCCGCACAGCAUUCAGACGCACGAGUUUGUCUGCAGGCAGUAAGAAGAAGAUGUCAGGACUUGGCAGUAGCACGGAUGGAGGUGAGGACUCUGGAGAGCUGGACUUCAGUGCUUUGCUCAAAAAGAGAGACAUGGUCCAGGUGAGCACUGAGCCCGAGGUGGACGUGUGGGAAAUCCUCCGCAAGGCUCCGCCCUCAGAGUAUGAGAAGAUUGCCUUCCAGUAUGGCAUCACAGACCUGCGGGGCAUGCUCAAGAGGCUGAAGAAGAUGAAGAAGGAAGAGAAGAAGAGUGCAGCUUUCCUAAAAAAGCUGGACCCGGCCUAUCAGGUCGAAAAGGGACACAAAAUCAAGCUGCAGAUUGAAGUAGCCAAUCCUGACGCAGAAGUGAAAUGGCUGAAAAAUGGACAGGAGAUCCAAAUUACUGGAAGCAAGUACAUCUUUGAGAGCAUAGGCAACAAACGCUUUCUCACCAUCAACAACUGCUCUCUGGCAGAUGAUGCUGCUUACACUUGUGUGAUAGGAGAUGAGAAAAGCUUCACAGAGCUCUUUGUUAAAGAGCCUCCUGUUCUGAUAGUACGUAAUCUUGAGGAUCAGAUGGUGAUGAAGGGAGAGAGAGUGGAGUUUGAGUGUGAGGUCUCUGAGGAAGGAGCCCAAGUCAAGUGGGAAAAAGAUGGCGUGGAGCUCACUCGAGAUGAGUCCUUCAAGUAUCGCUUCAAGAAGGAUGGCUGCAAGCAUGUGCUCAUCAUCAAUGAGGCCACUAAGGAGGACUCUGGUCACUACCGGGUGAAGACCAAUGGAGGGCAGUCUCUGGCUGAGCUCUUGGUGCAGGAAAAGGAGUUGGAGGUGUAUCAGAACAUUGCUGACCUGACGGUGAAAGCUAAGGACCAGGCAGUGUUUAAGUGCGAGGUCUCUGAUGAGAACGUCAAAGGAAUCUGGUACAAAAAUGGAGUGGAGGUGAAGGCUGAUGCCAGGACCCACAUCACACACAUCGGCCGGAUUCAUAAGCUCACCAUUGAUGAUGUGCGACCAGAGGAUGAAGGAGACUACACUUUUGUCCCUGAAGGCUACGCCUUUAACCUCUCAGCCAAACUUAACUUCCUCGAGGUCAAGAUUGAUUACGUCCCUCGUCAAGACCCACCCAAGAUCCACUUGGACUGCAUGGGCAAAACUGCAGAUUCCACCAUUUUGGUUGUGGCUGGAAACAAGCUGCGGCUGGAUGUGCCAAUCACUGGAGACCCAGCUCCCACUGUGGUUUGGACCAAGGCAGAGAAGGAUAAAUCUAAAAAUGCACCGGAAGAAGGGAAACGGGAACCAGCCUUCAUCUGGACUUUGAAGGAUGGUGAAGUUGUGACAGAUUCGGGUGGGCGUGUCCAUGUGGAGAGUUCGAAGGGUCACUGCAUUUUUACCAUUGAGGGGGCGGAGCGACAGGACGAGGGCGUGUACUCUGUCAUUGUGCGGAACCCGGCAGGAGAAGAUACUGCUGACAUCAAUGUGAAAGUUGUUGAUGUGCCAGACCCGCCUCACGCUCCCAGAAUCCUCAGUGUUGGCGAGGAUUCCUGCAUCGUCCAGUGGGAUCCUCCGCUGUUUGAUGGUGGCCAGCCAGUCUUGGGCUAUGUCCUGGAGAGAAAGAAGAAAAAGAGCUACAGGUGGAUGCGCCUGAACUUUGAUCCAUUUAAGGAAACCACAUAUGAGGCUAAAAGGAUGAUCGAGGGCAUGGCCUAUGAGAUGCGGGUCUAUGCUGUGAACGCUAUUGGCAUGUCACGCCCCAGUGCUGCCUCUGAGCCGUUUGUGCCUGUCGCCCCUUCCAGCGAGCCCAUCGGCCUGUGUGUGGAUGACAUCAGUGACACCACCAUCUCUCUGAAAUGGAGGACUCCAGAAAAAGUAGGCUCAGCUGGAAUCGAUGGAUAUGGUGUUGAGUACUGCAAGGAAGGCACUGACGAGUGGAUUCCAGCAUUUGAGGGCCUUACAGAGAGAACCUCCGUGAUCAUCCGUGACCUGCCCACAGGAGAGAGGAUGCAGUUCCGUGUGCGGGCGUUUAAUGUGGCUGGCCCCAGCCCUCCUGCAACUCUACCCCAAGCUGUUACAAUCCGCGAGAUCAUGCAGCGCCCCAAAAUCUGGAUACCUCGUAAUCUCCGCCAGACCCUCAUCAAGAAAGUCGGGGAGACCGUUAACCUGGUGAUCCCAUUCCAGGGUAAACCAAGACCAAAAGUGACCUGGAUGAAAAAUGGUGAGCCUCUUGACCCCAAGCAUGUGAGCGUGAGGAACAGUGACACGGACAGCAUCUUGUUCAUCAGGAAGACGGAGCGCAAAGACUCUGGGGUAUAUGAGCUCCAGGUGCAGAUUGAGAAUGUGGAGGACAAGGCCAGUGUGACCAUUCAGAUUGUGGACCUGCCUGGAGCACCUCAGAACCUGAAGGUGGUGGAUGUGUGGGGUUUUAAUGUGGCGCUAGAGUGGAAACCACCCAAAGACAACGGCAACUGCGACAUCAUUGGCUACACCAUCCAAAAAGCUGACAAAAAGACCAUGGAAUGGUACACAGUUUAUGAACAGUAUCGUCGCACUAACUGUGUGGUGUCAGACCUGAUCAUGGGGAAUGAAUAUAUAUUCCGGGCUUUUGCUACGAACAUGGUGGGACUGAGCCCGGAACCCUGCAUGUCUAAAGACAGCGCCUACAUCCAGAAAACAGGUAUUGUGUAUAAGCCUCCCAGCUACAAAGACCAUGACUUUUCAGAGGCUCCGAAGUUCACCCGCCCACUGGUCAACCGCUCGGUCAUUGCAGGCUAUAAUGCCACUCUCAGCUGUUCUGUAAGAGGCAUCCCUAAGCCCAAAAUCACAUGGUACAAGAACAAGAUGGACAUCUCAAAUGAAGCCAAGUACCGCACGUUCAGCGAGCAGGGGGUUCUGACUCUGGAGAUCCGGAAGCCGUGUCCAUUUGAUGGGGGUGUGUACACGUGUAAAGCAGUUAAUUCCAGUGGAGAAGACACAGUAGAGUGCAAGCUAGAAGUUCGCCCUCAAAUCACCAAAGAGGAUCUCAAGAAGUGAGACGCACAGCAGACUUGACCCUGGGAUGGAUGCUCUGGGGACUCCCUUAUGCCCCUUUUUCAGUCCACUUAAAACUGACCUCAGGAUUUGUCAAAGGUCAUACUGCAGAGCAGAAAGAUUUCGUUGCCUUUAUUUGCUUUUUCAUCUGAGUUCAUGCACACAUCCCGCAUUUCCAUGCAUCAUCAUGUCUCUCAGAAGUGCAUUAUUUAAUCGUUUCACUCAUUAACUGUGUGUUUGCUGCUUGUGUUCAUUUCAUUUUAAUUUCAUUUCAUUUGUUUGAAGUGAAGAUAUGAAUGCUUUAUCCAUGUGGAGCCUGAAUAAUGAUGGGGUUUUCUCUCCUGCACCUUGCAAUGUGUUGUCGUGUAAUUAAAGGAACAAUAAAUGUGUUAAAUAUU